AUGGGCUUGGAACAUGUGCUGGGGGGCCUCCUCCGGCAGAAUGAUAGGCCUAUUGAAAGUUUUGGGCAUAUUGCGGAAUAUGACAGCAGAGAUACUCCUGUUGUCACCAUGUUUAGCGGCGGCUUGGACAGCACCUACUUGCUCCUAAAGCUUCAGCAGCUGGGCUUUACCAAUGUCCACGCGGUCGUGGUAGAUGUCGGGGGACCCGUUGACGAGGACCAGCUGACCAAAUCCGCCGCCCAUUUUGGUGCUACACUCAAACACCUCGACGGGCGGGAACUCUUUGUCCAGAAAUGUGUCAUACCGGCAAUCCGCGCUCACGCGAAGUAUCUGGGCAUGUAUCCAGUCAGCAGUUCACUCUCCCGUCCCGUCAUUGCCCGGCUGACCGCAGACUACGCCAAAACCUUGAAUGCCGGUCUAUUGCUCCAUACCGCAAACCUGUCCCAGAACAGUCUGCCCCGACUCAACAAUAGCAUUCGGCGCUAUGGCUUCCCUGGAAAAUUCGGAAGCCCAUAUGUCCGUUCGGUCGUCUCGCGGGAGCAGAAAGCACGGGAGCUGUCUGCAGUCGGACUGACCUUCAUGUCUGACCGCAAGCUGAGUGGCGACGAGAAUUUGUGGUGCCGAGAGUUCGAAGCUGGUCCGCUGGACGAUCCGGAGAGUUUCGAUAUUCCAGAAGAUGCCUAUCAGUGGACGGCGCACUGCGGACGUCACGCGCCUAAAAAGCUUACGCUUACCUUCGAGAAGGGUAGUCUCGCCUCUGUCAAUGGUGAUAGACUGCCCCUUAUGGAAGCCAUCGCGCUGCUGAACAAGGAGGUGGGCAAGUUUGGUCAUGGCCGUUUUGUUGGCCUUGAGCCUAUUGGAACCGACGAGAAGGUCCUAGAAGUUCGUGAAGCUCCGGCCGCCACCAUCAUCAUGGAUGCACUCCGCCAUCUGGAGGUCGCCACGUUGGAGAAACAAAAAUGGGUCGCGGAAGCCAUUUCCGGUCGCUGGGAAAGCACGUGCCAUACUAUGUGUGACACGGCGAUCGCUUCCGCUCUGGAGGGAGUGGGUGGCAGCGUGACCUAUCGCAUCGACCACAUGCGUUACCUCCCGUGUUCCAUCGUGGCAGACACUCCUCGCUAUAUCAGGGAUCGAGACCAGUGGGAAUGCGAAGAAGGCCCCUUCACGCGGUCGCAGUCGCUGAAUGAGGCUCGAUCAGUAACGUAG